UCUGUUGGCUUCGUGUUUCAGAGGGCUAAAGCUUCAAACAUGGAGACGAUCGUGACUAAAUACCUCCAUCGCCAUCUGAGCAUCUACGCCGCCAUCAUCAUGAUGUUCACCUACAACAUCCUGCUGGACCGGGACUUCUCCUGCUCCUGUAGAACCCAGAACCUGGACUGCAGCUUGUACAUGGUGCUGCCUUUCCUCAUCAUCGUUGUGUUGAUCCUCUGGACCGAUCGGCCUCUUCACAGCAUCUGCAGACACGUUUGUAAAAGACACUGCUGGUCCCGGAGCUUCAUGCCUCACAUGAUCAGAGCUCUGCUGGUGGGACUGCUGUGGGUGGCCUUCGUCCUCAUCGAUGGAGACUGGUUCGUCUGCUGCCGGAACGACCUGUCCGACCUGCUGGUCCACCUGCCCUGCACAGACCAAACCAAGAUCACCGCCGAGGAGCGAGUCCGAAUCAUCGAGCUGAAGAACUGGUCCAGGGUUCUGGGCUCCUCUCUGUUGCUCAUCAUCGUCUUGGUUGCAGCCUUAAUGUCCGUCUGUCAGUGGAAUAGAUGCUGCAAACCUCAACCUCUGUUCCAGAGAAUGAUCCUAGAGGCCGAAGGAAACAAACUGGAGGAGGUUCUGAGGAAAGCAGCUGAAGAAAAGCUGACAGAGAUGGUCAGGGAGAAGACAGAGGACGGACGAUGGGAUCAAGUCUGUGACCUCGUCGAAACUCUGAUCGAAGAAUCACGACAAGGACGAGACCUGGAGGGACGAGAACAAAGACACAGAGAAGCACAACACCAGGAGGAGGAACUGGAACUGGAACAGAGACCAGAGUGAGAACUUCUUGACACCGAGGAUCCAAACACCAUCAAGAGAAGAAACGACGAAACGAAACAAUAAAACCAGAGAAAGAAAGAAACAAACGUCCAUGAACUCCUAUCGUUUUCUGAUUUAAAUAACAAACAGAAAACCUCCUUAAAACAUAUUUUUAUCAUCCACUUUAUUUUAUUGUUUUUAUGUUUGUUUUGUUCUUUUUAUGCUUUUUCUAUUUUUUCUUUCCUAAUUGUAGUAAUCUGAU